AUGGCAUCAGUAUACAAGUCGCUCUCCAAGAGCGAGAAGGCUGCGAAGCCAGAGGCUCCGGCGAACGGCGUUCGCAAGAACAAGCAGAGAGUUCUCAUGCUCACAUCAAGAGGCGUGACCUACAGACAUCGUCACCUCCUCAACGACCUCUCUUCCCUUCUCCCUCACGGCCGCAAAGACGCUAAGUUCGACUCGAAGUCCAAGCUGUACCAGCUCAACGAGCUUGCCGAGCUGUACAACUGCAACAAUGUCCUCUUCUUCGAGGCGCGCAAGGGCCAGGACUUGUAUGUGUGGCUAAGCAAGGUGCCAAAUGGACCAACCGUCAAGAUGCAUCUCCAGAACCUGCACACAAUGGAGGAGCUUCACUUCACAGGCAACUGCCUCAAGGGCUCUCGGCCCAUUCUUUCGUUCGAUGCCGCCUUUGAGAAGCAGCCCCAUCUGCAGCUCAUCAAGGAGCUCUUCACACAUACCUUCGGAGUGCCCCAGGGCGCGCGCAAGUCUAAGCCAUUCAUCGACCACGUCAUGGGCUUCACCGUCGCCGAUGGCAAAAUCUGGAUCCGCAACUACCAGAUCAACGAGACCGAGGUAGCCAAGGGCGAUGGCGCGGGCGCGGACGAGGAUGCCGAGGGCGCAAAGAGCGCGAGCAAGAGCAAAGGAGGAAGCCGCGAUCUGGACGUCAACCUUGUCGAGAUCGGCCCGCGGUUCGUCCUCACGCCGAUCGUCAUACAAGAGGGCAGCUUUGGUGGCCCCAUCAUCUACGAGAACAAGGAGUUCGUGUCGCCGAACCAAGUCAGAGCCGACAUCCGCCGCGGCAAGGCGAGCAGGCACAACGCGCGCGCCGAGCAGUUUGUCGAGCGCCAGGCCAAGAAGGGAGACCUGGGCCUCAGAACCGAGGGCGGCAAGAAGGCGGCUGCCAACCCACUCGAGACCAAGCGGUUGUUCGCAUAG